AUGCAAAAAAGUAUUGAUAUCGGUUAUUGGGAAUCAUUAUUAUAUCCAUUACAAGCACAUAUGACUCGUGCACGUCUUCGUGAUCAACAAGGUAUAUUUCAUGCACCUACAUCAGUGUCAUCAAAAAGUUCUUCAACAUCAAAAAAGAAAGACAACGAAAAUAACAAUAACAAUAAUAAUCAAUCAAAUUCAUUGAAUGAUAAUGAAUUUGAAUCAAAUGAAGAUUUAGAAAAUAAAUGUUUACGUGAAUAUGAAAAAGGUUGUUAUUUACCUAGAUUAGUUGAUAUAAAUGAUUUGGAUUUGAAAAAUCAAAAAUGUUGUAUUGAUGAAACUGUUGAUUGGGAAAAACUAAAACAACAACGUGAAUCGGUUAUUAAAUCUUGUUCAGUUAAACCUGAUGUUGAAGAUGCUUUUGAAGCUUUUGUUCGAAGUAUGGGUAGUUUAACAGCUGAUGAUUCACUUAUUAAUACUGUUCUUCCUAUGGAUGUUCAAUAUUUGUGGUUAGAUAAAUAUCGACCACGUAAACCACAUGUUUUUAAUAAAGUUCAUACCGGUUAUGAUUGGAAUCAAUAUAAUAAAAAACAUUAUGAUACAGAUAAUCCACCACCGAAAAUUGUUCAAGGAUAUAAAUUUAAUGUAAGAUAUAUUUUUAUUAGCUGUCAGCCAUUCGAAAUUUGAGCAAAAUUCGUUCGCCGUUUUUGAUCUCAUGAUGUUAAUUCACUAGAAAAUAAUUCGAAUUUUCGAUAUUGUAUAGAAGAGACUUAGCUGAGUAAUCUAUCAGAUUCUACUAGUGUUAACGAAAGUGUUGAUGUAUCCAAAUUUAUACAUAAACUGUCGUUAACAGUGAUAGAGUAUGAUGGACCUCAGCAGAACAAGAUAGGUCCAAUAGACCUGACGAAAACUAUUGAUAUCAAUUUUAAAAAGUUGAAUUAUUUUACAAUUCAUUUAAAAAAAAAAACUUUUGUAACUCAUUUGCAUUGUUCAGUAUGUGUUUAUUGUGUAAAUAAGGUUUACAAAAAAAAAGUCAAUGUCAUAUAGUUAGGAAAAUACUAUACAUGAUUUUUGAAAAAUUUUUGCUUUUUCGUUAUUGAGAAAAUCGAUGCUCUCCGAUAUGAUAGCAAACAAAGUCAUAAAUAUUGAUUUCUAUUCUAAGAUUUUAACUAUCAAAAUU